CUUAAUGACUGUUCACGCUUUCUAAUUCACGUUACAGCCUUGCAUUAUAUAAUGCGUCUAUUCUGCGUGACACAGCGUGUCCGACAGUAAGACCACGUCACGCUAGGUGAGUCCCGCUGCUAGUGUGGUGAAUAAACAGCACAUAAGAAUGACGAUGUACCUGGUUUGGACGCUGCUGUUCCUGCCUGGCGUUCUCGGGGGUAGAGUUGGUGUGGACCUGACCAUAGCACCUGGAGCUUCCGGAACCGCUGUCGUAAAAGCUGUCGUUGACAGGAUCAGAUCCAACUGCAUCCUCGGGGACGACCGACUGUUCCUGCGACGUCUGGCCUACGUGGAGACCACUGAUGGAACCAACUCAAAGACAUACAGAUCAGGGUAUGACGGUGGCAUAUGGCAGAUUGAUGAAAACAAGUUCCUGGAAACGAAGACGUGUCCCUUGUCGAUAGUUGCUGAGUGUAAACAAAUCCAAUCAUCUUUCAACAUCGAUUGGCGCAGUACAUCCUGGACAGAUCUGAGAAAGCCUCUCUAUUCCGGCUUGGCAGCGGCACUGUUUAUAAAGAAGUACAACAGUGGCAGCCCUCCUGGUGACGUCACUAGCCAAGCCUCGUUCUGGGCCUCAAGGCUGAGACCUAGCGGGAGUGAGUCUGGCUUCAUUACCAAAGCCAGAACAAUGACAGGAACUGAUUGCAAGACCCAGCUAGACCUUGCAUUCAUCCUUGACGGGUCAGGAAGCGUAUCAACAGCUGACUUUUAUAGCACCAUCGAGUUCGUGAGAAACGUGACGGAGAAGCUAACCAUCUCGAGGAAUGAAGUGAAGGUCUCUACUGUGGAAUAUGGUUCCUCGGUUGGGGACGAUAUCAAGUUCCGAGACUUUGCAACCAAAAGCAGCCUGGUGUCUGCUAUCGGUAGAAUCAGAAAGAGCAGCAGUGGUACCAACACUGCUGCAGCUAUCCUCCACACUGUCGACGUCCUGUUCAGCUCGGCAGCAGGUGCCCGACCUAACGCCAAGCGGGUGGCCAUCCUCCUCACAGACGGCAGAUCCAACAGUAAAACAGCAACCAUCAGCGCUGCUCAGAAGGCCAAAGCUGCAGGUAUUACCAUGAUAUCUGUCGGUAUAGGAAACGCUGAUGUGUCGGAGCUGAGGGGUGUGGCCACGCAGCCCUACUGCACCCACGUGAUCAUGCUCAGCAGCUUCAGGGAGAUUGACAGUCUGCUGUAUCAGCUGAAGGACAGUUCCUGUGGAGCUCUGACUGCAGUCAAACAGAACAAGACUAUCAACGUACCACUACCUGUGAACAAGACCGUGGAGGACUCGUUUGAAUUUAAGGACGACAACCUCACAACACCCAUCCCAGGCCAAGAUAAAGCUGUGGUGGGUGAGGUGGUAUGUGGCACCCUCGUUAUGUACGCCUCAUACAACAUCCCCCGUCCAGGCCCCGCCUUCUAUGAGGUCAAAGACACUGGACGUGAUGGGAAACCCGCCAUCAUCUACUUCAACAAGACGAUGCAGGGGAGACAACUGUAUAUAACCGUCCUUGGCACUCGACUGUCGGUGUCCCUUGCCCAGAUGGCUUCGUGUGUCAACGCCAGUUUCAGUGUGCGUGUUUCCCAGCAACCACCAAAGGCCCGGGUAAUCUGUAAGGAAGGCGUGAAGGAAAGGGAGUGCUCCAGGAAGGACUUAGAGGACAACGGAUAUAACUGCGAUGAUACAUUUUACAACGUCAGCAACCCUUGUUCCCCCGGUAACGCCUGCGACCACGCCCACCCUUCUGACUCCUCCAAGUUUAUUCGUUGCGACCUAAAGGGCAGCAUGUAUGUGACACAAUGUCCCGGCAAAACCCAGUACAACCCUGACACAAUCAGCUGUGGGGCUGAACCAGUCGAGGGAGGAAUCUCUUGUAAUGUUACAAAUCCAUGCACGCCUGCAAACAUUGCUAGACAUCGGUUCGACUUCCCCUACCCUCCCAACCCGUCCAGGUACAUCCAGUGUGAUGCAUUCGGGAAGCUGUGGAUGAGGGACUGUCCAGGUGGAACUGUCUGGAAUGAAGGCAGGAGAUCGUGUUCCAGCCAGUCAGGCGUUACGACCACUCUGAACCCGUCAAUCCUCAGAACCUCCACUCCCUCCGUCUCCCCUGUCUCCAACAGCUGCAACGGUAACAACAACGGCGCGAUGUUCCCCCACACCGACGCAAGCAAAUUCAUUCUGUGUGACCACGGGGCUGCAGUGGUGAUGUCAUGCUCGCCUUCGCUCCAGUUUGACGUCAGCAUCAACCGCUGCAACCACGGCUAGGCUCCUCACUGACGCAGAUUUCAUGUUCUGUAUGAAAUAAAAUGUCACCCGCA